AUGUCGAUUUAUUUAAUUGAAAAAAAAGACGAAAAGAUGUCCGUGAUCGACGGCGGAAGCAUAGUGUACGCGGACGACGAACAACAGCAACAUCGACAACAGCAACAACACCAUCAGCAUCAACUCCAACAACAGCAACACCUGCAACAACAAAACCGUCGACUACACCAACAGCAACAACAGCAACAACGACUGCAGUCGGGUGCGGCGACGAUGGACGAACGCGACGGCGGUGGCGGUCGGCAGCGUCAUUCGGAAAAUGUCGCCGAGCAGACGGACAUGACCGAGACCGGUACGAGGGCCGCCGACGUCGUAGUCGUCACCGCCGCCGACGUCGUGGUGAAAGAAGACCACCACGACGGGUCGCCGUCGGAUGUCUCCGUGUCUGCCGCCUCGGCUUCGUACACCUCCGCCACCUCCGCUGCCUCCUCGGUCGAACACGUCGCCUCGUCUCAAGUACAAGUGUCCUCCAUACCCGUCGGACAGCUCAUUAACGUUUCGGCCGCAGGCACGUUCAACGUCAUUUCCGCCGAAUCGCUACAGGUAAUGUUCACGUCCGUUGGUCAUCGUCGUCAUUUUCUUUUUACCGUAGUCGUCAUGUUACCGUUUCGUGGAUAUUGUUUACGAUUACGAGUGGUGUUUUUAGGAAACCGUAGGGUUUCUCGACGCUAAAGUUAAGUCACGAGAAACGGGACACCCGUUGGCAAACGUUUUUUACACGUCCCCUGUCCCGCAAUCGUGCGAUUUGCGUGUCACUCGUAGAGCAAUAACAUGGUUAUUCGCUCGUCCAUUACUAAAUCGGUAAUCACUAAUCGCGCGUUAAAAUGUCGCGUUUCUGAAGUAGGUAUUUUAGAACGGACUAAUUUGUUACUAUUUCCAAUCCACGGUCCAUAGAUUCAUGGAAUAAUUUCGUUUAGACAACGGGAUACCCGUAUGUGCCGUUUCUGUUGAAAUUAAUCAAUAAUGGGCGACAACAAAAUUACAUUUCUUAGAACAUAACUCGUGGCAUUUGAGUUGAAAUUAUAAUUUGCACACAAGUAACAAAAUUAAAAGAAGAAAAUAUUUCAGAGGGCUGUAUGUAUCUUUUUUUAUAAAAAAAUUACUACUCAUGAAAGUUAUGGGUGGCUUUGUUUUUUUAAAAUAGCCGUUAUUUUCUUGUAUGGUAAUUUUUUAGAAAACAUAUAAAUUGCCCUUAGAAAUUGUCUCUUUUUUAAAUUUUGUUACUUGUGUUUAAACUCAAUUUCAAUUUAAACUCCACAAUUUAUGUGCAAGUAGUGCAAUUUUGCUUUGUAGUUUGAUUGAGACUCGCAGUAGUUUCUCUAAUAAGGAAUUACUUCAAUAGCUGCAUGUCAUCAAUAAUAUUAAGAUUUAUGAUCGAAACUAUGUACCUUUACCUACUCUCUUCAACUAUUUGUUGAUGUUUGAUCUAAUUAUUCACUAUGAUUGAUUAUGAUAUUGCCUACUAGAGAAAAUGUUGGACACAAAUUUUAAUUAAGUACCCAGUGAAAUUCUAAUAAAUUUGUUGAGUUGUGGAAGCAUAUUAUGAAGUAAUAAUUUGAUCAUGUAGGUAUUUACAUUAUAUGUCUAUUAAUUAUCAAUAUUAUAUUAUUAUGUAUUAACUGGGUUUAAUCAGUAUAUAGUUGUUAUAUACCUAAUUAAGAUUAAGAUUAAGAGUACCUAACCCCUAUAAUAUAAGGGCUACUCUUGCAAAUUAACUGAACUGUACAGCUACAGAAGUAUUUGAAAAUACAUAUUUUCAUUAGUUUAUUGCCAUUGAAUUGAAUGCCAUGGCAUACUAAUAAAUAAUGAUUUUGUAAUAUUUUUCAAAAUUCUUUAUUUAUUAGGACAAAGAAUAUUAAUUUUAAUCUUUAUUUCAGCUAUCUGAAUCAAAUGACUUUAAGCCAUUAUUGUGUGUGGAUAAUAAUUGUUUAAAUUGUGAUACACGCAACCAAGUGGACAGUGAUACUUGGCGUACUGUAGUCCGAGCUGAAGUAAUAUCUAUUUUUUUGAAUUCAAAUAAUGAAUAAUUGUUAAUGGUAUUUUAUUAAUUUAGGAUGGUACUUUUAAAACCGCUCAUAUUGUUCUUAGACAAGACAACUCCACUUCUAAUAAUGUUCACGAGGAAGAGAAUGACCAAGGUGUGUCAUCUCCUAACACGGGACCAUGUUAUUCUUAUUCAGAGGCUGCAAGGUUACCAAUACUACCCAUUCGAUGCAAAGUAAAUACUAUUAUAUAAUUUACAUAUGAUUUGAAUAAUGUCGUUUUGUUGUAAGCAUUUUUAAUUAUACGCAAUUUUUAUAAUUAUUAGACUACCAAUGCAGAAUUACAUAAAAAAAAAUUUGGUUCUGGCUGCCGAGGAAAAUGUAUUAAGUUUGGAAAUCAAUGGUAUACGCCUAGCGAGUUUGAGGCUCUUUGUGGGAGGGCUUCUAGUAAAGAUUGGAAAAGAAGUAUACGAUUUGGUGGCCGUAGUUUGCAAACAUUAAUAUAUGAUGGGAUUUUGUUGCCGCACGCUAUGAGCUGUACGUGUGCAGCUUGUUGUGAUGACGAAACAGCGGCAAGUCCAUUGUUAUUUGUAUUAGUUGCUAAGUAUUUUUGAAAAAAUUAUUGAUAUAUAUAUAUAUAUAUUUCUGAUUUUAUAGACUGGUCCUAUACGGCUAUUCACACCUUAUAAACGAAUUCGUACCAAAAAACAUUCGUCCAGCAAUUCAAAAAAGAAAAAACUCGAUGAUGGCACGGCCAUUAGUAAUGAUGAGGAAAGUUGUGAUAGUAGUGCUGGUGUAUCGUUGGACAACUGUGAUAUGGAUCUUAAAGAUGAAGAACCAAUACUUAUACAGACUGGAGAUAUUUCUCAAGCCGAUAUUGUACAAUCGAAUGAUUCAAUAGAAGACAUGUUUAAAAAGCUAGAAAAUGUAAGUUUUUCAUUAUGGUUUAAUUUUAUUGAUCUAAUUUAUUAAUGAUAUUUAUUUAAUCUAAUGUCAAGAUGUCUUCAAGAAUGAUAAAAAUGGUUCAUCAUUUUCGUAACUCUAUGCGUGUAGCCAAAUACAAGUGGAAUACAGAAAAACAGGAACUGUUAGCUGAACUCAAGACAGCCAAAGAGAAUUCUAUAGAAAACAGGUAAUUCAAAUUAAUACAUUUUAUAAUAUUGAUCCUACAUUUAAGUGUUUUCUUUUAGGAACGAUUUUGAUGUGGAGACAAUAUCAAGUGUGGCAGCAGGGUUACAACCAAGUAAUGAUGAUAUUCCAGAUGUCAAAAAGGUAGUAUAUAUUGUAAUUAUUGUAUUUACUCAAUGGCCAUACAUUUUUUCUUACAAUUUUUUUGUAGUGUGCCAAUUGUAAUAGAGAUGCAUUCGCCGAGUGUUCGCUGUGUCGCCGUACACCAUAUUGCUCUACAUUUUGUCAAAGUAAAGACUGGAACAAUCAUCAAGUGGAAUGUGACAACCCCCAAGGAAGCAUUAUGCUUAUUGUUCAAGAAUAA